AUGAGUUCGACUAUUGUCUUGUCUUCUAAGUCCUCCAGCAAAACUUCGACAGUCCUAUCAACUCGUCAAUUUCUUGUUCGUACAAACACGUCGUCCAGCGAUAUCAACAGCGAUGAGAAUGUGAUUAUGUUACGUAUAUUAGAUGAUAUGCAUCAUGUCAGUGAAGAAAUUAUUUUAAGAAAAUCUGAAUCACAAACUAAAUCCGUCGAAAACAAGAAUAUCGAUAUAUUUCAUGUUCGAACUCGACAAGAACUAGGUGAAACGAUACGAAAACUUAAACUACAUACGAAAAACACUAGUAACUCAUCGUCUAAAGAUGAUGAGAACGAAAGAAUAUUUUUGAAAUGGAUUGAACUGACUGAUCUGAGUACAAAACGUAAAUUUUGUUUUCCUGUCAACGAUUAUUUACCAUCGAGUUCUGGUGACGCAUUAGAAUUGACAGAAGUACAUCAAGAUGGCACAUGUGAUGAUAAUUAUCAAAAGGAAGCUAAUAAGAAAUAUUCUAAUGUAGAAAAUAAUAAAAGAGAAAAACAGAUGAUUAACAAUCAACCCAAUGAUUAUUUACAAUCUAUUUAUUCUACAAUGAAUACAUCAGAAUUCGAUAUUAAUAAUGGCAAUAAACUUGCAAAUGCAACUACUAAACAAUUGACUACUACAGAAGAGAAAUUGAAAUAUGCUAAAUUAUAUGAUAUUCGAACUAAAACAGCACAUCAAGGAUUUCUUGGAAUUAAAUCCUUAGUGAAAGCUAAUGUCUUUGUCAAAUUGUAUGAUAUUCAUCAACAAACAUCUGAAUCGAUUCCUUUGACAAUGUCCAGAUUGCAUCAGCGACCAUUUCGAUCAAAUCAAACAGAUCAAUUUCAAGUUGGUACAAACAUUAAACUUGAUUCAUUGAAAAAAGUUGAAAUGUGGCAUGAUGGAAAGAAAGGAACACGAUUACAUUGUGAUACAUUAGAAAUAACUGAUCAAAGCAAUGGACAAAUAUAUUGCUUUCAAAUCAACGAAUAUCUUGAAAAUAAUACGAAACUGAUUUUGACUGAUUAUGAUAAUUGCCGAUGUCUGGAUAUUCAUUUGGAACACCAAAAUUUAUCAACAGAAAAUACAACGACUUAUGAAAACAAAGAAGAUGAUGCAUCAGUAUUAUCGAAUAAAGCAAAAAUAGGAAGUCAAUCAUUAAAAGCAACAGAACAAAAGACAUCAUCAUUGGCAGUAUUUCAUAGUGAUAUAACCAGUCUUACUAGUUCAAACGUAGGUCAUAAAGGUCUUCUUUCUUUGACUUUGAGUGGAACAGAUGCUAAAGUUUAUAUACGUAUGCACGAAGGUGAAAGCAUCACAGACGAUAUACUAUUAAAUAAUUCUUUGACUCACAAUAAUGCCUUUGAAUCUGGCCAUAUAGAUGUCUUUGAAAUUUAUGUACCACAAUAUAUUAACUCUCCGGAUAGAAUUGAAAUAUUUCACAGCGGAAAAAAGCAUGAUGGUCUAUAUUUGACAUGGAUCGAAAUCAUGAAUAUGAAAACAUUAGAACGAAAAUGUUUUCCUGUCAAUCGAUGGCUUGAUUUAAAUGAAGGUGAUAAUAGAACACAUACUAUGCUAGAAAAGUUUACAGUAAAUGAAUCAUGUGAAGAAAAUGAAUAUCAUGAACAUAAUUCACAUGGUCAAUAUAAAAUGGAAUAUAUUAUUAGAACUAAAACAAGUAUGAAACAACCCAUGAAUAAUAGUGAUGUUUAUGCAAAUAUUUAUUUGAAAAUAUAUAAUGAUAAAAAUAAACACACAGAAGACAUGUUAUUAAACAAUACAAAACAUCAAACAAAUCCAUUUCGAACAGGAAAAAUUGAUAAAUUUGAAAUUGGAUCCAUUCAUUCUAUGGAUGAUACUAUUGAUAAGAUUGAAUUAUGGCAUGAUAAUACAUCGAAUUUUGAUUGGCUUUGCGAAUGGAUUGAAAUAAAAAAUAAAAAAACUGGUAGUAUUAAAUGUUUUGCAGUUAAUCGACUUUUAUCACGAAAAGCAUCUGAUGGUGCAAUUAAAAUUGUGCUUACAAUUCAUUCACAUUAUCCAUGCGAUAGAAUUGCACGAGAACUACAUGCUUUAGCUGACGAAGUUGCGAUUCAAGAUCGACACGAUUAUGUCGAUAAAAUAAAAUAUGCGUCUCAACGAUAUUAUCAUUCGCCAAAUAAAACUGAAUUUAUUAAAAAAUAUAUAGUUACAACUAAAACAGGAAACUCAAUAUUAUCUGAAACUAAUCAUCGUGUCUUUAUUCGUUUGUAUGAUAAUCAGAAUUCUCAGUCAGAAGAUAUUUUACUUGAACAAACAGUAACCAAUAGAAUUCCAUUUCAAAAACAUGCGCUAGAUGAAUUUCACACCGGUACAUUAAAUAAUUUAUUGGAUUUACAAAAAGUGCAUUUGUGGCAUACGAGUGAAAGAAAAGAGGAAUGGAAUGUUGAAUGGUUGCAAAUUGAAGAUAUUGAUACUAAUCGUCUUUACUGUUUUCCAGUCAAUACAUGGCUUGAGUCAAAUUUGAAGGAUAAAGAAACACAUGUUGUACUCACAGAAUUUACUAUAAAUCAACCGUGUUCAAGAAUAUCGAAUCGGAAGGAUCAGGAAAAUUUGUCAAGGUUACCCGUUACUUAUGAUCGAGCAGAUGAUGACAAUAAAAAUAAACGAAAGAAUCCAUUGGUAGAAUUCAAGCGAUCCUAUCAUGUUGAAACAAAAACGGGAACAAAAGGUUUUCUCGGAUUGUCUCCAACAGGUACACAUGCAAAAGUAUUUAUAAAAAUUCAUGAUACAAAUGGGCAAAUAUCUGAGGCAAUCGAACUUGAAAAAUCUAUUAGCCAUAAGAAUAAAUUUGAACGAGGACAAACAGACAAAUUUGAUGUUGGAUCCAGUCAGUCACUUGAUGGCAUAGAUAAACUUGAAUUAUGGCACGAUAAUACUGGCACCGGGCAUGGAUGGUUUACUGACUAUGUCGCUGUAGUUGAUAAUAAAACUGGUGAAGAAGCAUGCUUUUUUAUUGGUGAUUACUUAAACAAAAAGAAUGGUGGAGUAGAAGAAAAACAUCUUAUAUUAGAUAAGCAAGCAGUGGAUAAUCGACCAUGUCGUGAACAUAAUUUUGAUGCAACUGAGUCAACAAUUCAAGAAGCAAAAGUAACAGAAAAUCCAACAACACCAUUUACACAAACAUACUGCGUCAAAACAAAAACAGGUCCUACUGCUUAUUUUGGUAUGAAUGGUGCAGAUACAAAUACAGACGUAUUCAUUCGAAUUCAUGACAAUAAUGCUAAAGUAUCAGAACCACUUCAACUGAAACAGUCUCGAACGCAUCAAAAUAAAUUUCAAAAAAAUCAAACUGACCAAUUCGAUGUAGGUACUCGUGAAAGCCUUGAUGGUAUUAAAAAGCUCGAAUUGUGGCUUGAAAAUGACAAAAACAAUCAAUUGCAAUUGGAUUAUGUUGAAAUAAUCGACAACAAAACAGGACAUAUCUACUGUUUUCUUGUCAACACUAUACUUGAUAAAAACUCGGGCACAAAUACAACUCGUGUCUCACUUGAAAAUCCAUUAGAAAAUGUUUCAUGUUCAGUUGAAUUUAAUAAAAGCGAGCAAGUCAACAAUCCCAUCAAAACAAAUAUCACCCAUUCACAAAAGAAUGAUAAAACUGAAAGAAACUUCACAAUUAGAACAAAAACAGGUAACUCAGUAGAAGCUGGCUCAACAACACCUAUACAUAUUCAAUUAUUUGAUGAUCGUGAUCAGAAAUCUGAAGAUAUACGUCUUAAACGCAAAGAUCAUGAUAAGCAUAAUUUUGAACCGGGUGCUAUUGAUGAAUUUCAAGUGGCAUCAUUACAAUCACUCUCUAAUAAACUAAUUGGCAUUCGUGUAAAACAUAAUGCGGACAAAUAUCAAGGAUGGUAUGCUGAAUGGAUCGAAAUUAUCGAUGAAGAUAACCAUCAAACAUAUUGUUUUCCUAUUCAACGAUGGCUUGACAAAGCUGAAAAUGAUAAACAGACUAACAUAUAUUUCAGUGAUGUUUCUUAUGUACCAUGUGAUUCAAUAUUAAAUGCAAUGCCCAAAUCAGGUUAUCGAUCCAUGGCGAUUGUUCGAAAAACAGCUACUAGUACUAUAUCAUCUUUAACAUCACCAUCACGAAAUUCAGAUCGAACAUUAGUUACAUCGUUUCAAAAUACUUAUCAUAUUAGAACUAAAACGAGAAAGAAAGGUUUUCUUAACCGUUCACCAACAAAAACCAAAGCAAAAGUAUUUGUACGAUUUAUUGAUAAAAAUGGUGAUGUUUCCGAGAAUCUUCAAUUGCAUGAUUCAACUGAUCAUCAACAUAAAUUUAAAUCGGGUCAAAUUGAUGAAUUUGAUAUUGCAACAAGCAAACAAUUGAAUGAUAUUGAUCAACUUGAAUUAUGGACAAAUGAGAAAAACUCAAGUCACGAAUGGUUUCUUGAAUAUGUCCAAGUGACUGAUAAUAAGACAGGCAAUGUCCUAUGUUUUCCUAUCGAUCAAUAUUUAAAUGAUAAGAACAGUGGAAUUGAAGAAAAUCCAUUAAAAUUGAAAAGAGCAACAAAUGAACAAUUCUGUGAAGAAUCAAUCGAAAAUAAUAAUGACAAUGAAUUACAAGAGCAGAAUUCAUCUUCUAAUGUGAAUAUUUCUAAUAUAUCUAGUAAAUACAAAACUAAAUUUUCAGUAAUAAUUAAAACUGGUCAUACUGGUUUUUCGACUCUCAGUCCUAUUGGAGCCCAUAUUCCCGUAUUUAUUCGUAUACAUGACGCUAAAGGCAAGCUAUCUGAAGAAAUUCAAUUGCAAAAUUCCACUAAACAUACAAGUGAAUUCGCAAAAAAUCAAACAGAUCAUUUCGAUAUCCAACCUAAUGGAUUACUUGAAGGUGUAUCGCGAGUCGAACUUUGGCAUGAAAGUGAUAAAUUUAUUGGAUGGCAAAUAGAAUAUAUUCAAGUAAUUGACAAUCAAACCAAUACAUCAUACUGUUUCCGUGUCAAUACAAGCCGAGAUAAAAACUAUGGUUCGAAACAAAUUCACAUUCUACUUGAAAAUCCGUUGAUCAAUCAAUCUUGUAAAAAGCAAGUCGAAACAAUUGAACCCCAUCAUAGCUAUGCAUCAGUAUCAAAGAAACUUAAACCAGAUAAAUCAUCACGAAAUUAUACUAUUCGAACGAAAACAGGUAAUCACGCUUCAGCUGGUUCGACAACGCCUAUUCAUAUUCAAUUAAUCGAUAUCUAUGAUAAAAAAUCUAAAGAUAUUCGAUUAAAGAAAAAAGAUAUGGAAGGACAUCAUUUUGCGCCUGACGCUAUAGAUGAAUUUAAAAUUACAUUACCAGAAUCAUUAUUUGCAUUAAAAGCUGUUAAACUUUCACUUGAUGCUGAUAAAUAUCAAGGUUGGUACGGCGAAUGGAUUUCAAUUACAGAUGAUAAUAACCAAGAAACGUACUGUUUUCCUAUUCAACGUUGGUUAGAUAAAGGUGAAAAUGAUCAUAAAACACAUGCUACUCUGUACCAACAAUCUACUAUUCCUUGUGAUCAAUUAUCGGACUCCAUACUUAUUCGAUCUUCAACAGUGAACAAUGAACAUAAUGAACAAUCAAGAGACAGCGAAGAAAAGAUGAGUUCAUCUGAUUUUCAAGUACGUUUAAAAACAGCUGAUAUAUCAUUGCAAAAUAAAAUUGGACGUGAUGCCAAUAUUUAUUUAAACAUCUAUAAUGAAAAUAAUAAACAAAUCGGAAAUUCUAUCCGACUUCAAAACUCUAAAACUCAUAAAAUACCAUUUCAAAGACAUCAUACCGAUGAAUUUGAUCUAACAAUACCAAUUGUAAAAAUUAAUGAAAUUGAUAGAAUUGAUUUGUAUCAUGAUGGGCAAAAUGAUGGAUGGUUCUGCGAUUUUGUUGAAAUGAAAAAUCGUCAAACAAAUGAAACUAGAUGUUUUUCUGUACAUCAAUGGUUAGAUAAAGUAUCUGAUGAUAGAAUUAAAUUUUCAAUGACAAAUUAUCAAAAUGUACCAUGUGAUGGUAAACGAAAUACUAAAAAAAAUCUGAAUUACGAAUAUUAUACUGUACGAAUAAAAACAAAUACAACAAAUUUAACUUUGAAUAGUUCUGUGAAUGUUUUUCUAAAACUUUUUGGUAAAUCUCAUCAAACUGAACAAAUUCAAUUAGACAAAACAAUUGACAAUAAACAAGCAUUUCAAAGAAAUAAUUCAAUCGAUACAUUUGAGAUUCGAACAUUAACGCAAUUGAAUUCACUUGAAAAAAUCGAUUUUUUUUAUGAAUUUCCAUCGAAUAAUAGAAAACUUUCUUUGGAAUGGAUUGAAAUAACUAAUUUAUCGAAUGGAACUAUUUCAUGUUUUCCAGCUAACUGUAUAUUAACAUCAUCAAACAUUAAUCAAGGAAUACAACAAGUAUUGACUUUAAACGAAUCGAAUAGUCGACCCUGUUCUAAUUAA